GACUAGAUCUCACCCGCCUACAUUCUAUGAUUUUGAGGUCCAACAAGCAGACCAUGGCAUCAAAUCUUCAUCCCUUUGACCUUGGAGAAAAGAUCUUUGAGGGACACAAUCUCAUCGGAGCUAGUCUUACUCUUGCACUACUCCUAAUAUUGGGGUUCAUAUGGCUUAACAAGAGAUCAAAAGAGAAGCAUCAAGUGCCAUUACCUCCGGGACCGAGAGGACUUCCGAUCAUAGGAAACCUCCCGUUUCUCGACCCUAACCUCCACUCCUGCUUCGCCGAUCUGUCUAAAAUCUAUGGUCCAAUCAUGAAAGUCCGACUCGGAAGACGACUCUGUAUCAUCAUAACCUCACCAUCAGGAGCAAGAGAAGUUUUCAAAGAUCAUGAUACCAUCUUUGCCAACCAUGAUCGUUCCAUUGUGGGAGUUGCAGCCACUUACGGUGGAGUUGAUAUAGCUUUUGCCCCUCAUGGUGACCAUUGGCGUAUGGUACGCAAGGUAUGUGUUAGGGACAUGUUAAAUAAUACAAAGCUUGAUGAACUUUAUGAACUUCGCAGAAGAGAAGUUCGUGAGAUGGUACAUGAAACCUAUACCAACAUUGGAACUGCAGUUGAUAUUGGUGAGUUGAUGCUACAAACCACUUUUAGUGUUGUAACAAGUAUGUUAUGGGGAGAUACAAUUAAGGGUGAGAAGAGGAAGCAUGUUGUGGCUGAGUCUAGACAAGUUAUGGCUAAAGUUUCUGAGCUUUUUGCACAAACCAACUUUGCCGAAUUCUUCCCGGCGAUUGCGCGAUUCGAUAUACAACAGAUAGAGCGCAGGAUGAAGAAGGUGUUGUCAUGGUUUGAUAAGAUUUUUGAUUCUAUCAUUGAUCUUCGGCUGGAGAUGGAGAAGAUGGAAGGAGAAGGAGGUCUGUGCAACGAUUUUCUGCAGGUCUUACUCAAGCUUAGGGACCCAGCAGACCCAAAAAAGCCUUUCAACAGGACCUACCUCAAGGCUAUGCUUUUGGACAUGAUAUUGGCUGGUACUAAGACAGUAUCAACUUCAAUGGAGUGGGCAAUGGCAGAGUUGAUAAAAAAUCCAAAAGUAAUGAAGAAAGCCCAAGAGGAAUUGAAGCAGGUUGUGGGGAUGAACAAAGUCAUAGAAGAGUAUCAUUUACCUGAUUUGCCCUAUUUACGUGCAGUGGUUAAGGAAGCCAUACGUUUGCACACAUCAAUCCCUCUUUUGAUCCCUAGAUGCCCAAGCCAAUCAUGUAUCGUGGGUGGUUAUAUGAUUCCUAAGGGUUCAAUGAUCUUUGUGAAUGCAUGGGCAAUACAUAGAGAUCCUAAAUAUUGGAAGAACCCUCUGGAGUUUAGUCCUGAGAGGUUCUUGGAAACUAGUGAGGAAUUUGAUUACAGUGGCAAUGAUUUUCGCUUUAUACCUUUAGGGUCAGGUAGGAGGGUAUGUGUAGGUGUCCCUUUGGCAGAGAGGAUGUUACCACAUAUAUUAGGGUCACUAUUGCAUUCAUUUGAAUGGAAAAUGCCUGAUGGGACAAAGCUUGAUAUGUCAGAGAUGUUUGGUCUAGAACUGAGGUUAACUAAACCUCUCAUGGCUGUCCCACUGCCAAGAUUAUCUGACCCAAAGCUAUAUGAUUAGAAUCUAUAUAUCUGUAAACUGCAUUUUACUUUCAUGCAUGGCUUCUUUAUUUUGUUGUGUACUCUUAUGUUCUCUAAAUAAAACAGAGUAUGAUGAUUAUUGAGGAAUAAUAUAAAGCAUUGUGAUUGGAUC